GCCAGAUGGAAUUGGAACAGUGUCUGUUGAAGAGAAAGAGAGGUUUGAGGAAAUUAAGGACAGACUUUCCUCCCUGUUAGAAAACCAAAUAAGCCAUUUCAGGUACUGUUUUCCUUUUGGACGUCCUGAAGGAGCUUUAAAAGCCACACUUUCAUUACUUGAAAGGGUUUUAAUGAAAGAUAUUGCCACUCCCAUACCAGCAGAAGAGGUGAAGAAAGUGGUUAGAAAAUGUCUGGAGAAGGCUGCCUUGAUCAAUUACACUCGACUUACAGAAUAUGCCAAAAUAGAAGCAACAGCAGAAAAGGACUCAGAGACCAUGAACCAAGCAUCACCUGCUGGAAAACUGGAAGAGGUUCUUCACCUUGCAGAACUCUGUAUCGAAGUAUUACAGCAAAAUGAAGAACAUCAUUCAGAGGGAAGAGAGGCGUUUGCUUGGUGGCCAGAAUUAUUGGCUGAGCAUGCAGAGAAGUUUUUGUCUCUGUAUUCUGUUGAUAUGGAUGCAGCACUUGAGGCACAGCCGCAGGACUCCUGGGACAGCUUUCCACUUUUCCAGCUGCUGAAUAACGCUCUCAGAAAUGACACAUUUUUGUGCAAUGGAAAGUUUCACAAGCACUUGCAAGAACUUUUUGUUCCUAUGGUCAUUCGCUACAUCGAUCUUAUGGAAUCAUCAAUUGCCCAGUCCAUUCACAGAGGUCUCGAACAAGAGUCAUGGCAACCUGUCAAGAGCAUCAGCACCAGUCUUCCUAAUGUAGCUCUUCCAAAAGUUCCAAGUUUGCCUCUUAACCUUCCACAAAUGCCUAGCUUUACUACACCAACCUGGAUGACUUCUUUGUAUGACUCCACCAAUGGCUCAGCUACAUCAGAAGAUCUUUUCUGGAAACUGGAUGCUCUGCAGAUGUUUGUUUUUGAUCUUCACUGGCCAGAACCAGAAUUUGCCCACCAUUUAGAGCAGAGACUUAAACUCAUGGCCACUGACAUGAUAGAAGCCUGUGUUAAAAGAACAAGAAUCGCAUUUGAACUCAAGCUGCAAAAGACAAACAAAUCAACAGACUUGCGUAUCCCUUCUUCUCUGUGUACAAUGUUUAAUGUCUUAGUUGAUGCCAAAAAACAAACUGCUAAACUCUGCAUACUGGAUGGGGGGCAAGAGCAACAAUACCAUUCAAAAAUAGAUGACUUGGUUGAAGAAACUGUUAAAGAAAUCAUUUCACUUCUUGUUUCAAAGGUUGUUUCAGUGUUAGAAGGUGUGCUGUCUAAAUUGUCAAGAUACGACGAAGGCACUUUCUUCUCAUCGUUAGUUUCAUUCACUGUGAAAGCAGCUGCAAAAUAUGUUGAUGUUCCCAAACCAGGAAUGGAUCUAGCUGAUACCUACAUUAUGUUUGUUCGACAAAACCAGGAUAUACUUCGAGAAAAAGUCAACGAGGAAAUGUACAUAGAGAAGUUAUUUGAUCAAUGGUACAGCAGCUCCAUGAAAGUCAUAUGCAUGUGGUUGGCUGAUAGAUUAGACCUUCAACUUCACAUCUACCAGUUGAAGACUCUCAUCAAGAUAGUGAAGAAAACCUACCGCGACUUCAGGUUGCAAGGCGUGCUGGAGGGAACGCUGAACAGUAAAACCUACGACACCGUUCACAGCCGUCUGACCGUAGAGGAGGCCACAGUCUCAGUCACGGAUGCGGGAGGACUUCAGGGCAUUACUAUGAAAGACAGUGAUGAGGAGGAAGGCUGAUAGUAUUUCACCAAGCAUUUGGAGCUCGGUGGGGGUGGUCUGAGGGUGGGAGUUACCUUUGGCUUGGGGGUUUUUUGGUAACUUGUCCUUGUAGUUGCAUUUAUAGUUUUGCCUUAUGAUAUAGGUGCAGAAAUGUAAUUUGCUCCAUUUUUUAAAAAAAAAAGAAAAGAAAGUAAGAUUAUCAGAGGAAAAGUGCCAAGGACUUUUUGAGAACAGUGGUUGUAGCAGAUUUUUUGUGUAGCUUUGCUUAGGGCUGCAAGAAUACUGGCAUGGGGUUUGAGUUCCACUUGUGAUUACGUUUCUUUCCCUUUUGUUCGUUACCAUUCGUUCUUGUAUCUCCAUCAGAUAUUGGUGUCCUGUGCAGAAAACAAAACGUGUGCCUCACUUAACACCCAACUAUACAGGAAACCAUUCUUGGAAUAAGUCAGUGCCCUGGGUAAAAAAAUAGUGUAUUUUGAGGAUUACACUUUGUUUAUCUUAUUUUGUGCUUAAUUUUACAUUAUUAUGUGAUGUGCAUUAAAAAUUUUAAUCUUGGUUCUUUGUAUUUCGAGGUUGGUAUAUAAGUAGUAGGAUUUCAAGGACAGUCAAACACAUACAAACUACUUAGGAGUGUUGUUGUGUCAAUUCAUUUUGCAAGUUUGAAGAUAUCUCAUCACGUUGGAUGUCAGUAAGCUUGCCAUCAAUGUUACUAUUUCUGUGAAAAAUUUCAGGCAAUAAGAACACAUUUUGUCGUGACCAUUUCUGUAUCUACCCAAGUUUGUAUAGAAUUCUACAAUUAAAAGAUGUUUUCAAUAUUUCAAAC